AUGUCAAGUAAGAAUAAUAAUAAUAUCAUUACUCCUACACCUACUAGCGCUAGAAAGACACCAAAGAUAUCGAGGGCAAUGCUUGAUAGAGUAAAGAAUAUUAAAUCUACUUUUCUCAUUGACGUUGACCAAGAUACUACAACUAGUACUGCUACUGCUACUGCUACAACUUCUACUAGUACUACAAACACAAAAGAUAAAGAGGUUAUAGAGAUACCAGAGACACCUAUCCAACAAAACAAAAAGAAGAAUAUCGAUCAUUCAUCUGAAGUUGAAGAUAUCACAAAAUCAAUCUCUAAGCAACUUUCCAUAUCAAAACCACCAAAACAACAACAACAACAACAAAAAGAACAAGAACAAGAACAAGAAGAAGAAGAAGAGGAAGAGAUUGUUACAAGAAGAAAACCAACAAGAAAAUUAGUGUUGGAAGAUAGUGACGAAGACGAAGUUGACAAACCUCUCAAUAUCAUUGGAAAGUUGGAAAAGGAAAUGGACAAACCAAUGGUUCAACCAGAAGAACAAAAGCUGGAAACGAAAACAACAUCAACAUUAACGUCUAUUCCAAGAAUAUUCAAGGGAAUGGAAGAAACUCCUCGACCACCACCAUCAAAGGAGAUUAGUAUCGAUGAUGAUGAUGAUGACGAAGAUGAAGAAGGUGAAGAAAUAGGAUCUGAGGAUUCUGACGACGAUCCAUUUGAAGACGACAACGACGACGAUGACCCAUUUGAAGAAGACAAAAAAGAGAAACCAACCACAUCCCAAGAAGUAACCAAACCAUCAAGAUUAAAAAAGUUACAAAAGGCCAAAGUAGACAAGGAUGAAGAGGAAGAGGAGACACAAGGAGAAGAUAUUGGAUUGGAAGACUCUGAAGAUGAAGAAGAUGAAGAUGACGAGUAUGAUGAAGAUGACGAGGAUUUCAUUGAUGAUGAUGAUGACGACGAGGACUAUGAAGAUAGUGAAGAAGAGGAAGAAGAAGAAGAAUAUAUUCCACCUCCAACAAGAACAAAGAAAUUAAAACCAACUCAAUCUCAAAAGAUGCCAAUCAUGAUAGAAUCAGAUGAUGAUGAGGAGGAUGAAGAAGAAGAAGAAGAAGAAGAAUCUGAGGAAGAAGAAGAAGUAUCAGAACCUAUUAAAAGAAAGACAAGAAAAGGAAAUAAUACAAUCAUUAGUACUAUUUCAAAAAAGAAACAAAUUCAAGAGGAAGAAGAAGAUAAUAGUACUACUACACCACCACCAACAACACAACAAGAUGAAUAUGAAGAUCAAAGUAAUGGAUUUAAUAAGAAUCUUAGAACUGGAAAAUACCAUAAUUCUCUUCAAUUUGAUGGUAGAGAUUUUAUUGUACCAGCUGAUACUUAUGACAAUUUGUUUUGGUAUCAAAGAGAUGGUCUUGAUUGGAUGUGGAGAUUGUUUUGUAGAAAAGCUGGUGGUAUUUUGGGUGAUGAUAUGGGUCUUGGAAAGACAAUGCAAAUCAUCUCUUUUCUCAAAUCCAUGCAUCAUGGCAAGUUUAUAAACUAUUCUCUUGUCGCAAUGCCAGUCUCUCUGAUCGAACAUUGGGUCAAAGAAUUUGACAAGAAGAAACCAACCAUCAACGUACGUGUCUAUCAUGGUGCCAACGUAAGAGAAAGAGAAAAUAAUCUUGAAUAUAUCAAGAGAAAUGGUGGUGUCCUCAUUACCACCUAUGGUAUGAUCGUAUCCAAUUCUGGUCCACUCAAAGAAUAUAAAAGAAAAACAUUUAAAUGGGAUUAUAUUAUUCUUGAUGAAGGACAUAAAAUUAAAGAAACAAAAACAAAGAUUAAUAAGACUAUUAGAGAGUUGACAGCCAACUUUAAGAUUAUUAUGACUGGUACUGCCAUCCAGAAUAAUUUGAAAGAAUUGUGGUCAUUGUUUGAUUGGGUUUGUAAUGGUACAUUGUUGGGAUCAAUUCGUUCAUUCUCUAUGCAUUUCCAAAACCCCAUUCUUCGAGCCCACAUUUCAGAUUCAUCAUUUAAUGAAAAGAAGAUGGGAUCUGCAGUGGCAGAGUCACUCAGACAACUUAUUGCACCACAUUUCCUCAGAAGAGAAAAGAAGGAUGUUUUCCCUGCAACUAGUAACAGUUCAGCAGAGCCUGAAAAUAGAUCGCCACCAGUAGACAUGGACAAUACAGAAAAUGUAGAUCCAAAUAAUAUUCCAUCACCAACUUCUUCUAUUUCGUCAUCAACCUCUUCUUCCUCCACCUCUUCCUCUACCUCUUCACAUAUUGUAAAAUCACUUAAAACAAAGAGAAUGUCAGUCAAGGGAAUUAGAACUAGAAAGAAUGAUUUUGUAUGUUGGAUUAAAAUGGCACAACCACAAAUCGACCUUUACAAGGUAUUCCUUGAAUCAGCAGAGGUCAAGAAUGCCCUCAACAAGACUUCUAGUCCUCUGGCAGCUCUGACUGUACUCAAAAAGAUUGCUGAUCAUCCAGCACUCAUUCACGAAGAGAUGAAGACUUGCAACACCCCAGAAAUGCUCGACAUUAUGAAACAAAUUGGUGAAAAUCAAACCAUCAAGUCAUUGGUUAGAAACUCGGGCAAGAUGCAAUUCCUCUACUAUCUCUUACCAAAUCUCAAGCAAGAAGGUCAUCGUAUUUUAAUUUUUAGUCAAUCUGUUAAAAUGUUAAAUGCUAUUCAACUUUUAUUAGAUACUUUGAAUUUAAGUUAUCUUCGUAUUGAUGGAUCAAUUACAUCAACAAAGGAAAGACAAAAAAGGAUCGAUGAAUAUAAUAAUGAUUCAUCCUAUUUUUGUUUCCUUUUAACUAUUCAAGUUGGUGCUCUUGGUCUUAAUUUAACUAGUGCUGAUAGAGUUUUAAUUUUCGAUCCAUCAUGGACAACAGUUGAUAAUCAAGCUGUUGAUAGAGUAUAUCGUAUUGGUCAAAAGAGAGAUGUAGUUGUUUAUAGAUUGAUUACCUGUGGAACUAUUGAGGAAAAGAUUUAUAGAAAACAAGUAUUCAAGGGUUCGCUUAUGAAAUCAAUGCUCAAUCAAGACAAGGGUCAACACCGAUAUUUUUCAAAUGAAGAACUUGGUCAAGUAUUCCGAUUGGAUGACCCAACAGAAUCUCAAACUCAAAGGUACCUUGAAGAUCUUCAUUCCAAAAAUAGAAAAUCAAGUCCAGAGUUGGAUAUCCAUAUUCAAUUUUUAAUGAAAUUUAAAAUGGUAUUUGGUAUUAGUGAUCAUGAUUUAUUAUUCUCUGAAGAGGUUGGAAUUGAUCAUACAGAAGAGGAUGUUAAAUCUGUUCAAGGAAAGGAUAUGACUUUUACUCCUUCCAAACAACCAAGUAAAAAGAAAAUUACUAUUGUAACAAAAGAUACUCCUGGUAAAAGUACAACACAAGUUAACAAAUAUAUUUAUCUUAAUGAUGAAUAUGAUGAUGAUGACGAUGAAGAAGAAAUGAUUGUUGACAGAGCUCCAACUGGAAGUGGUUCCUCUUCUUCUAACAUGACAAGUACAUCAUCUACAACAAGUACUUCCAAUACCAAACAAUAUUCCAAUUUAAAAACAUCAUAUGAUAUUGAAACUGGAAAAGAAGUCAUUCACAUUAAUGAAUCCCCUGUUAAAUCAGAGGUAUCAUCUCACUACCAACAACAACGACAACAACAGAAACCAUACCCUUUAAAUACUGUAUCAUACAAUCCCCCUGCUUCUAUUUCAUCAGUACCAAAAGUACAACAACAACAACAAAAGACUGGUGUCGUUUCAGCUGAUAGAGCCAUCGUUAUUCAAAAGUUUAAUAGUCUUGUUCAAAAAGCAAAUGAAUUAUAUAAGCAAGGUCAUAAGCAUAGAGCAUUGAAUUCAUUGUUGGAUGCCAGUCAAAUUGAUGAAAGUCCAAAAUUAAGGGAAAUGAUUUCAAGAAUCUUUAAUGAAAUCAAUUUGGAAAAGAAAGAGUAG